AUGUUUGCUCACGGUCCCGCGAUAAACAACGAUAGUGGCUCAGUGUACUUCCGGGGGCUAUAUCCCCUGUCAUUUAACAGAAACCUGGCCAAUUCCUUCGCAAUGGCUUCUCGUUUCUUUCCUUCACGCAGAACAGGCAUUGCCCUUGUAGCGGGAUGUCUCUUGUUCUCAGCCUUGGCCGUGGCUAAUGUUGGCCCCGGAGAGCUCUCCGUAGCUCAGAUCGAGGAGCAAUUGCAGAGCUGCCCAUUAGUUGAGUCUCUCAAUGAGCACAAGCGUGCAACCCGCCCGGAGACUGCUAGCUUGACAUCGAAAAUCUUCGCUGUCCUCUUCCCAAGCACCCCAGCCGUGAACGCGCUUCUGGCAACUUUGUAUAUUUCCGGUCCACCCAACUUCCUCCUGGCACUAUGCCCUCCCAACAUUGAUCCCUCCUCGCUGUCCGUGAUGGUCGCAUUUGCCGUCGGUGGCUUACUCGGCGACACCCUCUUCCACCUACUUCCUGAGAUCUUCGUCGGCGAAGCCUCUCCUGACCACGUGAGCUUCGUAAUGGUCGAGCCAAACAGGAACCUUCUGCUCGGCUUGGGAAUCAUGGUCGGAUUCUUCACAUUUGUCGCAAUGGACAAGGCCCUGCGCAUUGCCACUGGCGGCGAGGGUGGCCAUGACCACUCGCACAGCCACGCACACUCUGAACCAGUCGCUUCAGUUACCUCCGGCGCCGAGACCAAGCAGUCCAGCGGCGAGCUAAAGAAGCGCAAGUCUGCUGCGAAGGAGUCCUCUGAGGUCGUUCCCGAGAAGGAAAUCAACCCCAGCGUCAAGCUUGGCGGUUACCUUAAUCUUAUCGCCGACUUCACCCAUAACAUCACCGAUGGCCUUGCUCUCUCUUCUUCCUUCUAUGCCUCGCCUACCAUUGGCGCGACGACCACCGUGGCUGUCUUCUUCCACGAAAUCCCCCAUGAAGUCGGUGACUUUGCUCUGCUUAUUCAGUCCGGCUUCUCGAAGCGCAAGGCUAUGGGUGCGCAAUUUGUUACCGCUAUUGGUGCAUUCUUGGGAACUCUUAUUGGAAUUGCCGUUCAGGAGUUCGGUGGCAAUGGCACUAUGUUGGAUGAUACCGAGCCUGUUGGUCUUAUGGGAACUAGCCUUAGUUGGGGUGAUAUGCUUCUUCCGUUCACGGCUGGCACAUUCUUGUAUGUUGGCACCGUGGCUGUGAUCCCGGAGUUGCUGGAGACUGGUAAGGAUAAGGGCGUUGAAGUGCGCAAGACUAUUACACAGUUUUUGGCUGUUGCUCUUGGAGCCGGCAUUAUGCUUGCGUGA